AUGAAGCUGUGGCGGACAGCGAACCUGUUCACCCCAGCGGAGGUGCAGCGCGCCUUUGCAGCGCUGCACCGGAAUGUGGCGACUCUCUACAGUGUGUCCGGCACAAGCAGCCCACUCCGCCCCUUCGUUCGUCGACGUGGUGGCGUGCAUGGGCACCGCCGCGAUCACAUCGAGCUGCCGCUGCACCACAUGUACGAGGCCAACACCGUGUACCAGCAGUUGCCCAUCGAGGUGCGGUGGAUAUGUACUGGCCUGCAUGAGGCCACUCUCAGCUACGCGCAGGAGGCGCUUCGGGAGCCAGGCGUCUCCUCUGCCGCCCGUGACGAGAUUCUCAGCAACUUGGGCCGGAACUCCGUGCUGCGGGUGCUACGGUACCCGGCAGGCUCUGGAUGUCGACCGCACGUCGAUCCUGGCUUGUGCACCGCCUUGCUCGUGGGGUCAGCAGGUGGGCUGGAGGUGAGCACAACCGACGCGGUGCUGACGCCCUUCGCGAAUCGGCCGGGGUACCACACGGCUACUGUGGCCUCCCCGCCAACAUCCGUGCGCGGUGAAGCGUCGAAUAUGCCGGGCACGCUUCCGCACUGGGAGCCGGUCCUGACCGCGCACACCGGAGAGGCCGUCGUCAUGGCAGGAAAUAUGCUCGGGGCGGUGUCGGGAGGCGCUCUGCCCGGCGUGCUGCAUCGGGUGCGGCGGGACUGGGUCGCUGGAACACCGCGCAGAGAUGGGCUGCGCAGCCCAUCUCCGAGCGCCGCAUGUGUCGGGAGUGAUGCGGAUGCGGAAACGGACGCAGGCAGCGAGGUCUUCCGCUUCAACGUCAUCGUCGAGCUGCGGCCGGCACACCCGAAGCGCUGGUACGCUGCAACGUUGGGGCAGCCGCCGUUGUCGUUCGCUUCAUCUCCGUUGACACCGGCAUGA